AUGCCGGUGGACUACUCCAAGAAGUUGGACGCGCUCCGGGAGCUGUACGAGCGGGUGCAGCAGAAAGACGCGAACAUCGCGGAGGAGGCGUACGCCGCGGCCGGCGUGAAGAACAAAGCCCGCCUGAAGGAUAUCGAGAAGGAGAUCAGCGCCACUAAAAAGAAGGUCUCGCACGAGGUCAAGAAGGUUACGGACGAGGAAAUCGAGAGGGAGUACGAGGCGAUGGCCAAGGAGCACAAAAUGACGAUAGAGGAGUUCAAGGAGACCGUAUUGGGCAAGGAGCGCCAGCCCGGCGUUGGUAGCGAAUUCUCUGAGCGCCACACUGCCCUGCGGAGGGAGCGGGCGGAGCAGCGUGAUCUAAAGGAGAUGCGCCGCCAGGUUGAGCGCGGUGACUUCGACAUGGCGGUCGACUACGUUUAA